AUGCCUGCACAAAAGCACAAUGCCCCCCGAAGACUAAAGGUCGGGCUGGUGGGAAUUGGCCGCAUGGGGCGACAUCAUGCCAUGAACCUACUCCAUCGAACUCCUCGAGCAGAUCUCAUUUGUGCCUGUUCACCCGCUGAGGCAGAUCUGGUAUGGGCAGAUGAACAUCUAGUACCACAUGGCGUUCAUGUCGUCCCCACCUUUGAGGAAAUGAUCGAAACUCCAGGUCUGGAAGCCGUCCUUAUCGCAUCUGCAACAUACCUCCACACCUCUCAAACCACGACUGCCUUGGACAAGGGAUUGCAUGUACUUUGUGAGAAGCCGGUAUGCCAAACUUUGGAUGAGCUAGUCGCUCUUGUCGAUAAAGUCGAGGCCCGCCCCGAGGCAAGUCUCAUGGUGGCAUUUGUGCGUAGAUUCGAUGAGAACUAUCAGAGUGCCCUCAGUCAAAUCAAGCAAAAUGCCAUUGGAAAGCCCGUGGUAAUUCGCUCUCAAGCCAGCGAUGUCAUUGAUGAGAGUCCAUACUACAAGCAGUAUCUCAAGGAUUCUGGGGGUAUAUUUGUGGACGCCACCAUCCACGACAUAGACCUUUCCCUUUUGCUAUUCGGAGAUGACUCUCAGCCCAAGUCUGUAUCUGCCGUUGGUGUGAGAGCUAUCCACCCAGAGAUUGAAGCUUGUGGCGAUGUCGACAAUGGCGUGGGUAUUUGCGAGUAUUGGGAUGAUAAGAUCGCAUUUUUCUACAAUAAUAGGAUGGCAGCACAUGGAUAUGACAACGCCACAGAGAUUCUUGGAACUAAGGGCAAGCUCUCUGUUAACCUUAUCCCAAGACGCAAUGCUGUCGAGCUUUGCGACAAGGAUGGUGCAGUCAAGACGUUUGCGCACACAGGCUGGUACGAGCGUUACGAAUCAGCAUUCGUUGGGGAAGCUAAUGGAUGGGUAAAUGCUCUUCUUGAUGAUACGCCUCUGCCUGUACCUCUGCGGUCGUCUUUGACAUCCCUCAAGAUCGCAACUGCGCUUCAGGAGAGUCUGAGAACUGGGGACAAGAUUUGCUUUGAUCGACAAGGAAACCGAAUUCAGGAGUGA